AUGGCUCCCACGCACACCGCAACAUGGGAUUUCCGCAUGAUCGCACAGAGCUUAGAAGAAUAUAACAAUGUUGGCUACGAUGAAGGAGAUGGCACCGAACGACAGGCCGUAGUACGAGCCUUGUUCAAAGAUGAUCGUCGACUCAACGAGGCGCAGAACCUUCUCUCUACGCACCGCCUCCGUGUUGUACGUCUUAACCCAAUACCGCUGUGGACGGAGCCGGAGUACUUGGAGAAGCAGAAAGAACUCGUUGCAACCAUUGCCACCAGCACCCUGGCCAUUCCAGCUGGACGUGGUCUGCUAUACUACAAUCUGCGUUUCCCGCUUUUAACCCAGAAGUUCUUUAUCGGGGGCUUCAAUCUCACUUGCGUGGUCAAACCAGCAAACAACACAGUUGGCGUUGAGAAGUCGCUUUUUACUGAAGAGAAAGUCAAUUGGGCUUUUUUUCACCAAGGCGUUGCUGGUGGUCUCGCGAUAUCGCCGAAUGCGAAGGGCAUCGACACUUCGUGGAUUCUUUACAACAAGCCCGGUCAAGAUCUCAGCAAUCGACAUGCUGGGUUCUUGCUUGCUUUGGGCUUGAACGGCCACCUCAAAUCCGUAGCUAAGUGGGUGGCCUUCAAAUACCUGACACCCAAGCACACUAUGACUUCAAUUGGCCUAUUGCUAGGUCUUGCUGCCUCAUAUUUGGGGACAAUGGACUCCCUCAUCACCCGACUCUUGUCUGUUCAUGUCACUCGCAUGCUUCCUCGUGGGGCGGCCGAGCUUAACCUUUCGCAUCACACUCAGACUACAGGCAUUAUGGGAAUUGGGCUGCUCUACUGCAACAGUCAACAUCGCCGGAUGAGCGAGAUCAUGAUGUCCGAAAUCGAGUUCGUCGAUGACGAAGAUGACGAGGAUCCAUUAAGGAACGAGGGAUACCGGCUGGCAGCAGGCUUUGCACUUGGCUUUAUUAACCUCGGAAAAGGAACCGACUUGAAGGGACUGCAUGAUAUGCGCCUCACUGAGAAGCUCCUCACACUAGCUUCCUCGACGAAGAAGGUUGAGGAGGUCAACGUUCUUGAUCGGUCAGCUCCAGGCGCUGUUAUGGCAAUCGCCUUGAUUUUUAUGAAGUCUGAGGAUCAUAUCGUCGCACGCAAAGUUGAUGUUCCCGAGUCAAUUCUGCAAUUUGGUUAUAUUCGGCCAGAUAUAUUGUUACUUCGGACAUUAGCCAAGAACCUGAUCUUGUGGAGCCAAGUCCAGCCCACUUUCCCAUGGAUCAAAGCCAGCUUGCCUAGAGAGUUUAGCUGGCGAUACCAAUUAACGGGAACGCACAAGUUACAGAGCAAGGAUAUGCCCUUCUUCUCCAUAAUUGCCGGUCUAUGCUUUGCUAUAGGCUUGAGAUACGCGGGGUCAGCAAACAUGAAGGUCCGCGACCUCCUAGUCCACUAUCUAGACCAGUUCAUUCGCAUAUCUCGCCUCGACUCGGGCAACUAUGAUGCGCAGCUAUCACGCAACACGGUGCAGAUGUGCAUGGACGUUGUUGCAUUAUCGGCUGCGAGCGUCAUGGCUGGUACCGGAGACCUUGUUGUCAUGCGUCGCCUGAGAUCUCUUCACGGUCGUGAUGAUGCUGAAACUUCGUAUGGCAGCCAUCUUGCUGCCCAUCUCGCUAUUGGUACCCUAUUCUUGGGCUGCGGCACAGCGACCUUCAGCACAAGCAACAUGGCUAUCGCGGCACUCCUAGUUGCAUUCUACCCGAUAUUCCCGGCGGAUGUUCAGGACAAUCGCUCGCAUUUGCAAGCAUUCCGACACUUUUGGGUUCUUGCCACCGAUCCAAGAUGUCUAGUCGCAAAAGAUGUUGCCACUGGGCAGCCAGUGAGCGUUCCCAUUCUUAUCAAAUUAAAGAAAACACCGCUGCCGAGCGUUGCCAAGUUGUCCUCACCGCGCAAGAGGUCAAAACUGGCACCCCAAGCCGCUGAAGGAUCAGAGGAUUCCGUCAUCCGCCGCAUUACGCCGUGCCUUCUGCCCCCUCUCGAAGACAUCUCCACUGUGCGCACGGAUGCUACCACCCAGGGCUUUUGGAACGUGGAGUUGAACUUCGAAAAGGAUCCCAGCCUAAUUACCUCGUUCCGGAAAAAUCAAAGCUUGCAUCUCCGGCGCCGAAACCUUCACGAAGGUGCAUUUGGUGCCACGGUUCGUGCUCUUGGCCGCGAUGAUCUGGAAUUCCCUGACACAGCCAACGUCCUCGCGGCCGACGAAGCCAACCCCACUCGGCGGGCUCAUAAUCCACUCGAAUGGGUCUUUGAACAGGACGCCUUGAACGAUCUGACCCAUGCAGAGAGGGCUGUCGUCUUGAAUAGCCAGGGUGGUGAUAUAGGCGACGAGGGUGCAGGCUCUGCUGUUGAUGCUCGACUGGUGCUCGAAGCUGGUAUGGAUGGAUGGUCAAGGGAGAAUCUACAAGGUCUGAAAUUCUUGUUUGAGUGGGCAGACAAGAGGUCACUGCCGCAAGAUGCAAAACAAGAGCAAGGCUCAAGCCCGGAAACACCCAAGAAAACAUCAAACAAGGGCAAAGGUAAGGUGAGAAUGAAGGAUGACCCUGUUCCGGAUGCUUCCAAGGACAGUUCCAAAAGCGUAUCUGAAGAGACGAACGGCUGGUGGCUCAGGGACAGUGUUGUCGAAAUGCUGAAAGGCAAAGCUUGGCUUGCUGCCAGGGAUGACGAGACUUAG